AUGGCACUUCCUUCAGAAACCUCGGUGUUGAUCGUAGGCGCCGGCCCCGCGGGAUUAGUCACCGCGAAGACAUUAAAACAGGCUGGAUACACUGUCACCGUUUAUGAGAGAGCCGAGCGGGUUGGAGGCAUGUGGAGGGAUGAGCGGGGAGGAUUUGGCGAUAAAUGCAGCCCAGAUAUGCGAACAAACCUCAGCAGAUUCACAGUGGCUCUUCCUGAUCUUUCGUGGAAAUCCGUUGAUCCAGAGGCUCUGCAAUCUGGUGCAAACGCACCGCCCAUGUUUCCAAAGGCUUGGCAAGCUGGGAAAUACCUUGAGACGUACGCGGAGACUUUUGGAAUCAUUGAAAAUAUCAUCCUCCGAACAUGUGUUAUCGAUGCGCGACUACAAGACAAUAAGACUUGGAAAGUAACUAGUGAUGAUGGGUCCGGAAAGCACACCACCAUCACGUUCGACCGGCUCAUCAUCGCAAGCGGCUUUUUUGGCAAACCCUCCAAAUCCUUCGAUCCCUCAGCAUCUAAAAAUCUUCCAAACAUUCAACACUCUUCUCGUUUUCGCAAUGUAUCUGAGUUGAGUGGGCGGUCUGGAAAGAUUGCCGUCAUUGGAGGGGGCAUCAGUGGCUCAGAAGCAGCAUCACAAGCGGCCUUUCAGAUUUCGAAUGCAAGGCAUUCUCCUAGUAGAGAAAAGCCUGCCCAUGCUGCAAGCACAGUCUAUCAUAUUUUCAAUCGACCUUUUUAUUGCCUGCAGCGAUAUCUGCCCCAAGAUCCGCAAGACAAAGACGGAAUAUUCAAUCAAGCGCCAAAGUUUCUUCCUCUUGAUCUUGUUCUCUACAACCUCUCACGGCGCGGUGAUGGAGAAAUAACAGCAGCCAUCGCUACUGUACCGCCUGAAAAGGCAAAAAAAGGACAUGAUUUUCUGAGGUCGAGUUUAGGAGGCGACCAGAGUGAUUUUGGAUAUCCAAAUCUUACAUACGAUGCAGAGCACAUGCAACACCCUGGGUACACGGGUAUCACGGAUACGUAUAUGGAGUUUGUAAGAGAUGGGACCAUUGUACCAGUGCAGGGCUGGGUGGAUAAGGUCGAUCAGCAGUCGGAAAGCGAACUUUUUGACAUUGAACUAAAACAAUACAAGCCAUGGUAUCAUGCCUUAGAGAAGGAGGCAUCUGGCACCAGCAAACUAACUGACGUAACUGGUAUAAUUGAAGCUACAGGAUAUAAGACUGACCUCGACUGGCUUGACCCUCAGGUGAGGGAACUGCUAAGUGACAAAGACACAUUACCAAAUGCAAGAAUACCGUUCGUCCUGUCACGUGGUUCCAUAUUCGCAAACAAGUUCCCUACCCUUGGCUUCGUUGGAUUCUACGAAGGGCCCUACUGGGGAGUAAUGGAGACCCAAGCUCGUUUUCUUGCAGAAACCUGGGCCAAACAGGAAACAUACAAGCUUCUACAAUCUCUAGACCGUGAGAUCUACAGGCCAGACGCUACAAAGCACAUGCGCGAAGCCAUGAUGAAAGACCCCCUUCAAGUCCCGCAGUUCUGGAUGUCAGACUAUGUCGGCCUAAUCGAAGAAUUCGCACGCGAAGCAGGUCUCUCACGCGACGACUCCGCCUUCGACGGCAAACAAACCGGUCCCGCAUUCCCCUCACGCUACCAAGGCGCAAACUCCGGGCCCCAAGCCAAAGAAGUCGUCCAGGAAGUCGCCGAACUGAUCAAAGCAUCCUCUGAAAACGCGCGCUUCGUCGCAGCAGCCGUCUUCACAGCCAUGCAAGGCGUCUGGAACAUUCACCGCAAAAUCGAAUCCCGUACCAAUACCCCCGGCGGCAUCUUCACCGGCACCGCGCAUUUCCAUCCGCGCGAGCCGACAGAUGCCGCACUCUACUCCGCAGAGUAUCUCUACAUUGAAAACGGCACCUUCGCCAUGGACAACGGCCUCUCAUUCCCCGCAACCCGACGCUACGUAUACCGGUACUCGGAGGCCCGCGACAAGAUUACAGCGUGGUUCGUAUCCGAGGAUAACGAGAGCGUAGGCGCGCUCUUCAAUACGUGGGAGUUUUAUGCGCCGGAGAGGAAAGAUAGCGGGUGGAUGGCAAGGGGGUAUCAUUGGUGCGACCCCGAUACUUACAGGAAUACGUGUGAGUUUCGGUUCAGAGGGGUGCGGAUUGAGCGGUUUAUGGUGAGGUAUGAGGUGCAGGGCCCGAAGAAGGAUUAUCAGCAUGAGAGUUGGUACGAGAGGCCUAGGGCGAAGGAUUUGAAGAGGGGGGAAUAA